GGUGAAGCUAAACUGGUUUCAUUGAAAUAAGCAUCAGGUUCCCGAGUACGUCAGGAAAGGGCGUGGCGACGUGCGUCAUCGAAGCCACGUAAUCCGGGAAGUAGGAAGUGUCGCCCUUCAGUCGCAAAAACAGCAGAAGAUGGCUGAGUUUGCGGAAGUAUCUCAAAAGUCCAAGCUACAUCCGAAGCCGGAGGGCCUUACACUGCAGUAUGGCACAGCUGGGUUUCGCACUCAUGCCAAACAUCUGGAUCACAUCAUGUUCCGCAUGGGCCUGCUGGCAACUUUGAGGUCCAAAAAAACUAAAUCCACCAUAGGAGUCAUGGUGACUGCCUCUCAUAACCCAGAAGAAGACAAUGGGGUGAAGCUGAUUGACCCCAUGGGGGAGAUGGUGACGGCGGUUUGGGAGGGAUACGCCACACAACUCGCUAAUGCCGAGCAGGACUUUCUUCUCAAAGAGCUAAAGGACGUUAUUGGGAAAGAGGACAUCGACAUGAGCGAGCCCGCAAGCGUAUACGUCGGCAAAGACACCAGACCGAGCAGUGCUAGUCUCUCUCAGGCUGUACUGGAUGGCGUUUCCAGUUUGGGUGGCAAAACUCAUGACUAUGGUCUGGUCACCACUCCCCAGCUACAUUAUAUGGUGUGCUGCUGUAACACGCACGGCUGCUACGGCAGUCCUACUGUUGAGGGCUACUACCAAAAACUCUCACAGGCUUUCCUUCAGCUUACACAGAACGCUUCAAACCGCACUGAUGAUCAGAAGAGGCUUCUGGUGGAUGGAGCCAAUGGCAUCGGUGCACUGAAGAUGAGAGAAAUGGAGCCGUUUCUUCGCUCCGAACUGCAGGUGGUGCUUUCGAAUGACGGCAGUAGCGGCAAACUCAACCACAUGUGCGGAGCGGAUUACGUCAAAGUCCAGCAGAAAGCACCUCAAGGUAUGAAUAUGGGAGAAUGUGAGCGCUGCUGCUCGUUUGACGGUGAUGCAGAUCGCAUUGUUUACUAUUACACCGACUCUAAAGGCUGCUUUCAUCUGCUGGACGGAGACAAGAUCGCUACUCUCAUCAGCACGUACCUCAAAGAGCUGCUCACACAGGCAGGGUUGAACCUGCAGAUUGCUGUUGUUCAGACGGCGUAUGCUAAUGGGAGCUCAACUCGCUACCUGGAGGACGUCAUGAAGGUCACUGUAUGCUGUACAAAAACAGGAGUAAAGCACCUACAUCAUGCAGCACAGGAAUAUGAUAUUGGAGUUUAUUUUGAGGCGAAUGGACAUGGAACUGUUUUGUUUAGCAAGGCGGCACAGAAACAGAUCCAGGAGCUGGUGAAACACUCAAACACAAACGAUGAGAGAAAACAAGCGGUGAAACUCCUAGAGAGCACCAUCAAUCUGAUCAACCAGACAGUGGGAGACGCAAUCUCUGAUAUGCUUGUGAUUGAAGCGGUGUUGGCCAUCCGAGGGAUGUCAGUGCAGGACUGGGACGAAAUUUACACAGACCUGCCCAACCGCCAACUUAAAGUCAAGGUGUCAGACCGGCGCGUUAUAGAUACGACAGACGCAGAAAGGAAAGCCGUGACUCCAGAGGGUCUGCAGGACGCCAUCGACUCACUUGUUAAGAAAUACAAAAACGCUCGGUCCUUCGUUAGACCUUCUGGAACUGAAGAUGUGGUCAGAGUCUAUGCUGAGGCUGACACACAGGAAAGUGCUGAUAGUCUGGCUCAUGAGGUCAGUCUGGCUGUGUAUCGUCUCGCCGGAGGAGUCGGAGACGAGCCAAAACCUUUACGCUGAUCAAACAUGCAUGCAAGCGGCGUGUCUGAGUCCGUCUGGUGAAAUGUAUGAAUACUGUAAAUGUACAGUAAACUAGCACUUGUUGCACAAACAAAUGUUUUGGGAGAUGACGAAUGUUAAAAGUUUAGUCUUUGUACUGUAUGAGUGACCAACAAUCUUUAUAAAUGAAAGUUUGUGAUUGUUAAACUGUGACCUGUGUGAACCUUUGUUUACAAUAAUUUCAUUACAGAAAAAACAAGUUUUGCUUUUUUAAUUUUAUCUACCAUUUUGAUUAUAGAAGAUAAUAUCGUUCAAUAGUUUGGGUUAAGGUAUUUGAAUGUUUUUGAAAGAAGUCUCUUAUUGUCACCGAGGCUGCAUUUAUUUGAUAAAAAUACAGUGCAAACAGAAAUAUUUUGAAGUAUACAAUUUAAAUAUUGUUUUAUUUUAAUAUGUAAUUUAUUCCUGUUAUGUCAUAUUUCAGGAUAAUUUCUCCAGUCGUCAGUGUCACAUGAUCUUUCGGAAAUCAAUAUAUGCUUAAGAAACUUUCCUUAUUAUCAAUGCUGAAAACAGUUGUGCUGAUUAAUAGGUUUGUGAAAACAAAUUCCUUCUCCAGGACUCUGAGGAAAAGAAAGU